GGCUGAGCAUGACAGUGUUCCUGAGGCCAUGCUGAGAGCUCCCGGUAACAGAACUCUGCAGCCAUUUCCAGCUGAAGACCUCGGUGUCCUUGAAGCCCCAGUGUGCCUGCACUGAUGCGAAUAUGGCUGGGGGAGAUGCACACCUGCCAGAGGCUGCAGGGACAGUCUGUGGCAGAGUUGUGCCUAGAAUCCAGAUCUCUCAAGUCUGUGUGGUGACCUCCCACUCAAUGCCCCCACUGUAUCCCACUGUGAAUGGGAAAACAAGCCUGAGCAUGGUUGGGCUUGUCCGGCUGGGUAUCUGGUUUAGGGUCCAGCUGUCUAAUUGACGGAUUGCUUUGUGAGCCGAUGCACCUCCCCCAGAGUCUUCAUUCAGCAGUAAGCAGACAGCGAAGCCAGAUGGGUGAACUGCAUGCAGUGCCUGGUUCCAGCAUGGGCAGUGUCUGCUGCCGCCUUCCUGUUGGUGGCUGGCCUGUUCUCCUUGUAGUAACAUUAACAGCCUGUCCCGUGGGCUGCUCUCUUAACUCCCUCCGAUUAGACUUGCUUAAAAUGACCCCCUCAAGUCAAUUCAGCCCCACGUUGAUAUUGUUAAAAUCCGGCUCUGCAAAGUGCUUGGAGAUCUCCGGAGGGGAAGCGCUGCCUGAAUGCUAAGUACUAUUGAAGCUCGGACCGUCACCAGUUACUCUGGGAUCCUUUUCAAAUCCAGCAGGAAGUCUCAUGCAAACGCCCUUUGCAGGAUGUGCAUCCCAAGUGCUGCAGGCGAUUUGGGCGAUCCCUUGCGUGGGUUUAAAAUCCCAGGUUUGGUUACACUGGUGCUCACUCCCGUGUGCAGACCAGAACCCUGUCCCAGGUGCCGGCAUUACACUCGCUUGGAGAACAGCUGUGAGCUAUACAGGCACCGGGCCCUGCCGUGGGUGGGAAAGGGGGCAGUGCGCCCAAGGGAGCAGUUCGUAAAGCACUGCCCUGGCAGCACAUGGGAAGUACCAAACGGAAAACCUCCCUCCUCUGUCUUUCCCUGUCGUGCGGCUGUAGAGGCAGAGCUGGGGAGAAUCGCUGGAGACGGCGCACUAUCCCCGUGCGCACACUGCAUGGUGCUUAUAAAGCAAUGGCAAACUCCUGCUGAAUCCACUAGGGCUUGGCCCAACAUUAAAGGUGCUUUGUAACUCCAGUAACUAUACCAAAGAGCAGCUCUACUCGGGAGCUGUCUAAGGAUGGUCUUCAGGGGCCCUGUAUGCGUCCCCAUGAGUCCAGAUCCAACUUCCUUAGUUUAGGAGUGUUUCUUUCUGACUCUUAGCCCUGCCAGCUUUCCUGGGAGCUGAGAGGCAAGCUGGUCUGUUCAGCAAUAAAGAUUCCAGCUCUGCAGCUGAUUUGUGAGCCCGAGUGGAGCCCAGCUCCUGCACCUGGCGGUGGUGGCCGAGACAGCCCACGGAACAGAGCGGUGGAAGAUGAGACUGCCCGAGAGAUUUUAGAGGACGUGGCGGUAGCAAUAUCUGGCUCUGUUUCAGAUGCAGAGCUGACAGGACCUUGGAGAAGAUGACGGUGAGACCACCUGAGUCCCUCUUCUGAGUCAGCCCUUGCCUGGUGUGCUAUGGCUCUACAUGGCCUCUGCAGGACCGGAACACUAUAGCAUAGACCUCAAAAAGGGAAGCAACUUCCAACUCCCCGUUCCAGCUGCGGAGAGACCCCUCAAGAGCCAGGCCUGGUUCCUCGCUCAGCAGCAGGUGAAGCCCAUCUGGAAGCUAGGAAGAAAGCAUGUGAGUACUUUCCAAGACCACAGGCCACUCCACUCAGGGAUCCCUCCCCAGCGCGCCUGCUUCUUGUACCCAGUCUCGUUAUGCAGCAGUCACCUGAGUGACCGAAGCCUGCCCCUCUCCCGGUCCCCGCCUCAUCCCUUCCCGGACCUCGCUGGGAGCACGUUGCUGUAUCGGCGCUCGUACUUCAGACACAAGCCCUACCAGCGGCUCGAGUCCAUCUGCGUACGGUCCAGUGCUUUGGAGAGCCGACAGCUUCCUUUCCCACCCAGAGGGCUCCAGGCUGACCACGGCAUGGCAUCCUCGGCGGUGGAACCAUUUCCCCGGCCGAGUGCAGCUGGGGAGCAGGCCGGCUCAGGGGGGAAAUGCACUCCUCUAGGCUCAGGUAAACAAACGUCCGGCCAGUACAAACCAGUGCUAAACAAUAACUCCUUCCUACGGCCAAACAGUGCUAAAGUGCCUUCACUGCAGUCGCCAGAGAACAAGAAACUGAAGAACACCCCCAGGUCUCCGGCGAUAUCUUGGUCCCAUUGUGGGGGGACCGGGGACGGCUCCUCCAUGAGUCUGGAGGACAGAUCUGGGAAAGGCAAUGGCCUUGUGCUGGAGCAAACCACCCCCAUGUCCCGCCUGUCUCCAGUUCAGCCCAACGUGGCCUUCCGAGCCGAGCAAAGCUCUUGGCACUUGGAGGACAGUGAGAGCCGGGUGCAGACUUUAAAAGCCAAGGAACGAGAGAUCCGGCUCACAGAGGCCGUGAGGAAACUGAGCAGGAAGGUUACCUACAACGAAUUCGGCCACAGGAUUGAGACCUCCUGCCUCAUGAACACGGGCUUCCAGUACAACCUAUUCAAUAGGAACAGCCGCUGGAAACAGCAUCUCCUCGCCCAGCUGAGCCCAAGAGAAACGACCGCCCCCUUCAACUUGGAGCUGGGUAACCGGUGCCUAAGCAGUAACCUGAGCCUGGCUGGCCCUAACAUUGCCGCCGUCUGCACUAAACGAAUAAGCGUCCGCCUCUUAGCCUCCAAUUCUGACUCUUGGGACCCCAGCGCACCCUGUCGGACUGUGAACUUCCUGGGCCCGAGCAGUGGAGACCUGGUGGGGAAAACCGAACCAGCCCACCAUGCUGACAUCUCCGCGGUAGCAGCUCAGAUGUCCACCAUCCAGCUGAGCAAGGAUGCGAAGUGGGAGCAGGCCGCUCCCCUGAGAGAGCCAGAGGCGACCGUCAACCUGCCCCUGCUCAACCCCGGGGAGCCCGAAGCCGAUGCAGAAGAAGAGCUUCCUGAUGGCCUGGAAGACGGCUGCAGUCAGGAUGAGGAGGAAGAGGAGGGCGAGUCGGACAGCUCCUCCGUCACAGGCUUAUCGCCCAACGGCUCUGUGGCUCUAAUUUCCAGGAAUUGUCUUGAGUGUUUGACCCAGCCGCUGGAGGCCCGAGAGCGGAUCCUCAAACCAGCUCUCAUAUGCAGUUUAUUCCCCACCGUGCCUCCAACCAUCUACUUCAGUACUCGGGACGAGAAAGUGGAGAAGCUCCCCUGGGAGCAGAGGAAGCUGCUGCGAUGGAAGAUGAGCACUGUCACCCCCAACAUUGUGAAGCAAACCAUCGGCAGGUCCCACUUCAAAGUCAGCAAGAAAAACAGCGACUGGUUGGGCUGCUGGGGCCAUCACAUGAAGUCGCCUGGCUUCAGAGCCAUCAAGGAACAUCAGAAGUUAAACCACUUCCCUGGCUCAUUUCAAAUCGGGAGGAAGGAUCGUCUGUGGCGCAACCUGUCAAAGAUGCAGGCUCGUUUUGGCAAGAAGGAGUUUAACUUCUUCCCCCAGUCCUUCAUCCUGCCCCAGGACAUCAAGCUGCUGAGGAAGGCCUGGGAGGAGAGCGGUACCCGCCAGAAGUGGAUCGUGAAACCACCGGCAUCGGCCAGAGGCAUUGGCAUCCAGGUCAUCCACAAAUGGAGCCAGCUGCCCAAGAGGAGGCCGCUGCUGGUGCAGAGAUACUUGCACAAGCCCUACCUCAUUGGCGGGUGCAAGUUUGACCUGAGGAUUUAUGUUUACGUCACUUGCUACGAUCCCCUCAGGAUCUACUUGUUCCGGGACGGAUUAGUGCGCUUUGCCAGCUGCAAAUAUUCCUCCUCCAUGAAGAGCCUCAGCAACAAGUUCAUGCACCUGACCAACUACAGCGUGAACAAGAAGAACACGGAGUACAAAUCCAACUCGGACGAGACUGCUUGUCAGGGGCACAAAUGGGCACUGAACGCACUCUGGAGCUACCUGAGCCAAAAGGGGGUGAACAGCGAGGCCAUCUGGGAGAAGAUCAAGGACAUCGUUAUCAAAACAAUCAUAGCGUCUGAGCCCUACGUGAACAGCCUGGUGAAAAUGUACGUGCGGCGUCCAUCCUGCUGCCACGAGCUCUUCGGCUUCGAUGUCAUGCUGGACGAGAACCUCAAGCCAUGGAUCUUGGAAGUGAACAUCUCCCCCAGCCUCCAUUCCAGUUCGCCACUGGACGUGAGCAUCAAGGGCCAGAUGAUCCGGGAUCUCCUCAACCUGGCUGGCUUUGUUCUUCCCAACGUGGAUGACGUGGCGUCGGGCUCAGGGAGUGCCAGCAGCUCCACCAUCAGGUCAGGGCGAGGCUUGAGCAGGGCCCGGCUGUGUGGCCUCUUCCUUCCUGGGACGGACAUGCCCAGCUGCAGAUGCUCUGUGGCAUCCCCCCCUUCCCUCCCCCCCCAGAGGCUCCAAGCAAGGCUGACCUAGGGUUGCCAGGUGCCCAGGUUGUGACCGUAAAGUCUGAUGGAAAAGGGGAUCUGACAGUGUCCCAUCAGAUCUAGGGCCCGGACACCCAAAGUCUGGUUCCUGUUGUUGCGGGAGGCACCAGCUCCUCAGCUGCACCAGCCCAUUCUCAGCUCCCAGCCCAGCUCCGCAGGCCAGUCCCUCCCGAUCCGACCCGGGCAGAGGGGAGAAGAGGAGUGAAU